AUGGAUUCGGUAGUAGCCUCCACGAAAUCGCCUGUUUUGCAAUGGGAUGCCGAUGCUGUUGUUGCUUGGCUUCAUGAAUCAAACUUUGGUGCGUUUGAAAAAGUUUUUCGAGAUAAUGAAAUCGACGGUCCAACUCUUCUUAAACUUAGUGAAUCGAUGGUAGUUCGUCUUUUCCCGACGAUCAAACUCGAAGUACAAUUUCUCGAUUUAUUACAAUCCCUUAAACAACGACAAACUCUUGAAUCCAAUUCGAAAAAAACCCUUGCUUCAUCGUCGACAAUCAAUGGUCACAAUGGCAGUCGACAUUUGGCAGCGCAUCAAAUUGCUGCACAUGUCGUUGCUUCCUCUUCAUUUGAAAACGGUUUUGAUCAUUCAUCAAAUUCAAAUUCACCGAUACCAUCAGCUACCAAUGGUCAUCAUAAUCCUCGUAAUUCUUAUCCAGAACGUUCACAGAUUCCACAGCGUCUCACACCGAAAGGUCCGCCUAUGAAAACACUUAAACGUGAACCAAAAUGCUUUCCAAAUCCAGCUCUCAAUAAUUCACAAAAUGGAGAUACGAAUGAAAACGACGCCAAACAUACAUUUCCUCAUGUAUAUAAAUUACCACAAUUUCCUGACACUCUCCGUUUAGCGCUCAAUUCUCAAGAUGCAAGUGCAUUUAAACUCCGUACCUAUUAUCGAAAUCUCUUAAUCUCAUCGAUCUAUGAUGAUCUCACUCGUACAUAUAAUCUUUGGUAUCCGAACGCCAGACAAUACAAAACUGUUGCUUCUGCACUUGUUAAAGCUUAUCCAUUUCUAGAAUCAUCUACUGAAGGUGGUGAAGGUGCUUGGAUUGAUGGUAUUAAAGGUAAAUUCAAACGCGGACGUCGCACCGCAACAUCUUAUGUUGACAUGGGACAAUCCAUGGCUGGUGAAAAUGGUUAUGAUCGUAUGUCCGGUGAUGAAGAAUUAGGGGAAGAGAAAUUAGCUCAAACAUCAAACGGACAAAAACGUUCUCGACAUGAAUUCGAAGUCGAUUCCGAUGAUGGACAAUACGAAUCGGGAGAAAUGCCAACAAAUGGAAAAGAUGUGGAUCAAUUAAGUGAAAACAACGAUGAUAUGGACGAAGAUGAAACAAUUCGUUUACGUGGUUGUAUUACUGCUAUGCAAGAAACAUUAGCAGCCACCGACGAUCCGGAUAUUUCACUUAUCUCAGAUUAUUUUAAAGAAACAUUUGAAAUACGACGAAAUUUUGUUAAAACGCACAAUACUACGGAGAUUCUUACCGAAUAUCCAGCAUUGCAAUUACAUUCAUGUUUACUUGCUGAUUUUCACAUGCAAACAAACAUUCCCAUUCAAACUGUUUUAAUUCACAAACUUCGUUCAAUAUCCAAACCAAUCAUACGUCUAGCGAAAGAAACAGGUUGUGCGCCAGAAAUUCUUCUUACAUAUCAUACUAUUCUCUCGAAACGACCGCAACUAGAGCAAAUCUUAGCUGAUACAUUCGCUAUAUUGAUCGUUGCAUGUUACUUUGGUGAAUAUCAAUUCUUGCUUGUUGCACCUGAUAAGGAUGCUCAAUCUCCAUGGCCUAUUAUUCGUGGAGAACAUCCGGCAACAUUGUUUUAUGAUGGCAAAUCAUCUUCAGCUUCAUACAAUAUUGAAUUAGAUUAUGUCCAAUUGUUCCAUCGUCCACUAACUGAUUUUUCCACAGCAAUAUGUACAUUAUUUGCCACUUACACAGUUUUCGAAAUCACCUAUGGUAAACUUGAAAUGACAUUAUCAUUUAUUGAUUGUUUACUUCGUGAUAAUGUGCAUUCAUCUACACGUUCACCACAAGUACUUGAAUUGAUCAACGAGCUCAACAGUAUGAAAAAUAUGUAA